AUGAGUGGGCGACCCCGCCCACCUGCGGGCGGGCUGGCGCCGUCACGUGGCGCGGCGCUUCCUUUCUCUGUGCGCCUCUCUUUCCUUCCUCGGCCGCCAUCUUGUUCUCGCCGCGUGUUGGCAGCGGGGGCUCCGCCGCACUCAGACGUAGCACUAUGAACCAAGAAAAACUGGCCAAGCUUCAAGCACAGGUCCGAAUAGGAGGAAAGGGAACAGCUCGCAGAAAGAAGAAGGUGGUGCACAGAACAGCUACAGCUGAUGACAAAAAACUUCAGAGUUCCCUCAAAAAACUGGCUGUAAAUAACAUUGCUGGCAUUGAAGAGGUGAACAUGAUAAAAGAUGAUGGAACAGUUAUUCACUUCAACAACCCCAAGGUUCAGGCUUCCCUCUCUGCCAACACUUUUGCAAUUACUGGUCAUGCAGAGGCUAAACCGAUCACAGAAAUGCUUCCAGGCAUCUUAAGCCAGCUUGGUGCUGACAGCUUAACAAGUCUCAGGAAGUUAGCUGAACAAUUCCCAAGACAAGUGUUGGAUAGUAAAGCGCCAAAAUCUGAAGAUAUUGAUGAAGAAGAUGAUGAUGUCCCAGAUCUCGUAGAAAAUUUUGAUGAAGCAUCAAAGAAUGAAGCUAACUAAAACAUUAAUAGUUCUGGAAGCUGGCAUGGACUAGAUUUAAGAAAUCAGCUAUGUGGUUCCAAAGUUUUAAAGAAACAGAGAACAUCAUCUGUUAAUAGUUCAGUAAUAUAAAUAUUUUGUAUUUUUA